UUCCUCCACACAGUGCUGCAGAUCUUUGUCGCCCUGCUCCUGGAAGGUGCUGGGCGUCCUUGCCCUGUACGGAGGACAGUCUGCAGCCACCUAUCCUUGUGAAGCAUCUCCUGCCUGGGGCUGGCUGGAGCAUGGGCAGGGCUGGUCAUCUCCUCAGCUGGAGAGGUGACUGUGGCUUGAUUGCCUGCUUCUGCCAAAGGGAGGGAAGUACAUGAAGCACAUGCUUCAGGAGAGACAAGAAGGCCUUCAAAGCACGUUCAGGAGCUGCUUCUCAAAUGUUUGUCAUUUGCACGUAACUGAGACAAAAAGAGAAAGAUAUCAGCACCACAGCACACAUCCUCUGUAAAAGCAAGCAGCCCUUUUGUGCUUCUGACAUUAAAAGAUAGCAUCCAUUUCAGCCCUGUGCUUCUCUCUAAGGCAGCAAUGUCCUCCUCAUCCUCUUCAGCAUUGGAGAUGGAGAUCUUCCAGUACAUUGAUGCACAUCAAAGUGAUUUCAUCAAGGUAGGAGCUAUAUUGCAGGGAAAUAAUGAACACAGAGCUGGUGCCCCAGAGGCCUGGACUUCUCUGGCAGGAGAGGUGCCUGUCACAAAGGAUCUGAAGGAAUGGGUGGCUGUGGAAAGCGAUUCUGUUCAACCACAUCUGAGGAAGGAAGUGAUGCGGAUGAUGGCAUUGGCAGCAGACAGACUUUCAACACUGGGAGCCACUGUUAAUUUAGUAAACUUGGGGUCACAUCAGCUGCCUGAUGGCCAAGUCCUCCCACUGCCUCCUGUGAUUCUUGGGGAACUGGGGAAGGAUCCACAAAACCCCACUGUAUGUUUCUAUGGUCAUGUGGAUGUGCAGCCUGCCAAGAAGGAAGAUGGCUGGGUCACUGACCCCUACACACUGACUGAAAUUGAUGGAAACCUCUAUGGGCGUGGAGCAACAGACAAUAAGGGACCAGUACUAGCUUGGAUAAAUGCAGUGGAAACAUUUAGAGCCUUGAAAUUAGCUAUGCCAGUGAACUUCAAGUUUGUAAUUGAAGGCAUGGAAGAAGCAGGCUCCUUGGGGCUAGAGAAGCUACUUGAGGAAGAAAACCAGAGCUUCUUCUCUGAUGUUGAUUAUAUUGUGAUUUCAGACAACCUGUGGCUCAGCAACAAGAAGCCUGCCCUUACCUAUGGGAGUCGGGGAAAUGCCUGCUUCUUUGUGGAGGUUGAAUGUGGCAGCAAGGACCUUCACUCUGGAACUUUUGGGGGCAUCAUUCACGAGCCGCUGCUGGACCUGAUAGCGCUGCUGGACAGCCUUGUGGAUUCCACAGGUCGCAUUCAGAUCCCUGGAAUCUACGACGAUAUUGCUGCCCUGACGGAGGAGGAAAGGAAGUUAUAUGAAUCGAUUGAAUUUGAUCUAGAGGAACAUAGAAAAAACUGUGGUGUGAAAAAAUUCCUCUAUGGCACCAAGGAAGAAAUACUUCUACACCUGUGGCGUUACCCCUCUCUCUCUAUUCAUGGGAUUGAAGGAGCUUUCCAUGAACCAGGCAUUAAAACAGUCAUUCCAGCAAAAGUAAUUGGCAAAUUCUCAAUCCGUCAGGUCCCCAACAUGGACCUUUCGGUUGUGAAAAAACAGGUGGUGGAACACUUGGAGGGUGUCUUUUCCAAGAGGAACAGUCCAAACAAACUGAAAGUGUCCAUGCCUUUGGGUGCAAAGCCCUGGCUUGCUGAUGUUAAUGAUCCACUAUAUCAAGCAGCAAGAAGGGCAAUAAAAACAGUUUUUGGAGAAGAUCCAGAUUUCAUCCGUGAUGGCUCAACAAUUCCUGUUGCCAGAAUGUUUCAGACUGUAACACAGAAAAGUGUGAUGAUGCUUCCGAUUGGAGCGGCCGAUGAUGGGGAGCAUUCCCAGAACGAGAAAAUAAGCAGACACAACUAUAUUGAAGGAACCAAAUUGUUUGCAGUGUUUUUCCUGGAGAUAUCAAAGCUACAUCAGAACUUAUAUGAAACUUCCCACACAGAAACUAUCAACUGACAGACCCUAUCAAGAAAAUCAGCAAAGCACUUUCUUAAAUUUUCUAACUUAAAUAAAACAUAUAAAUCACAUAUUCAGUGGCUGUGAAUUGGUGAGGAAAAAAUAGAAAUGCUGUGCUAUUUCCUGGCAUACUACUAAAUGGCAUGCAUUUGUUAUAUGGUCUAUCAAGUGAUCUUAUCCCUAAUGCUGUAAAAUAGGGUUAGGGAUAAUUCAUUCUUGCUGAAUGGAACACAUUACAUUUUAGUUUUAAACUUCAAGACAAAGGGAAUUUAUACAUCCAUUUUAUCAAAAUGACUUUAUUUCUCUUUUGUAGUAUCACUCUUCAUGCUGCCUAGUGCACAUUCCAGUUUCUGAAUAUGAGCAAUACAC